AUGACCCAGGGAAAGCUCUCUGUGGCUAACAAGGCCCCCGGGGCUGAGGGGCAGCAGAAGACGAAUGGCGAGAAGAAAGAGGUUCCAGCAGUGCCUUCGGCGCCGCCCUCCUAUGAGGAGGCCACCUCUGGAGACGGGCUGAAGUCAGGGACCUUCCCCCAAGCUCCCACGGCUGUGCCUCUCCAUCCAAGCUGGGCCUAUGUGGACCCCAGCAGCAGCUCCAGCUAUGAAGCUUUCCCUGCAGGAAACCAUGAGCUCUUCACCACCUUCAGCUGGGAUGAUCAGAAAGUUCGCCGGCUCUUCAUCAGAAAGGUCUAUACCAUCCUGUUGGUCCAGCUGCUGGUGACUUUGGCUGUUGUGGCUCUCUUUACCUUCUGUGACGUCGUGAAGGACUACGUCCAGGCCAACCCAGGCUGGUACUGGGCAUCCUAUGCCGUGUUCUUUGCAACCUACCUUACUCUGGCUUGCUGCUCUGGACCCAGGAGACAUUUCCCUUGGAACCUGAUUCUGCUGGCCAUCUUUACCCUGUCCAUGGCCUAUCUCACUGGGAUGUUGUCCAGUUACUACAACACUACUUCUGUGCUGCUGUGUCUGGGAAUCACGGCCCUCGUCUGCCUCUCAGUCACCAUCUUCAGCUUCCAGACCAAGUUUGACUUCACCUCCUGCCAAGGUGUGCUGUUUGUGCUGCUCAUGACCCUUUGCUUCAGUGGACUCCUCCUAGCCAUCCUCCUGCCCUUCCAAUAUGUCCCCUGGCUCCACGCCGUCUAUGCCGUGCUAGGAGCAGGCGUGUUUACAUUGUUCCUGGCAUUUGAUACCCAGUUGCUAAUGGGUAACCGUCGCCACUCGCUGAGUCCCGAGGAGUAUAUUUUUGGAGCCCUCAACAUUUAUUUAGACAUUAUCUAUAUCUUCACCUUCUUCCUGCAGCUUUUCGGCACCAACAGGGAAUGA